AUGUCUUCUUCUUCCACCACCACCACCGCCGCCGCCGAUAAAGGCGGAGGUGCCUCAAUCACCACCAUACACCCCGACGUAAUUCAAACCCACAUCCUGAACAGGCUAGAUGGGCCCACCCUCGCCUCCACCAGCUGCGCCUCCGCCGAACUACUCUCUCUCUGCAACGACGACCAUCUCUGGAAGGACAUCUGCAACACCACCUGGCCGUCCACCGCCGACCCACGCGUCCGCGACGCCAUCUCCGCCUUCCCCUCCGGCCACCGCUCUUUCUACUCCGACGCCUUCCCCUCCGCCCUCCGCCAAAUAUCCGAUCAGAAACGUCCGCCGCCGCCGCCGCCGUCGGAAACCUCCGAAUUGAUAUCGGCGGUGGAUAUCUACUACGACGACGAGCUGGUGUACUCCAAAGUGAUGGUGACGGAAGCCGAUUCGGCGUGGUUCCUGAACACGCCUUUCAGGGUGGACCUCCUGGACCACAAGGAAACGCUGACCACGCCGCUGAAAUUCGACGACGACGGCACGUUCGUCUCACGCGCGAGGGAGCGUCUGAGGGUGAGCUGGGUCAUCAUCGACCCGGUCAGGAAACGGGCGGUCAACGUCGCGAGCCGACAGGCGGUGGAGGCCCGCCGCCACUGGCUGUCGGAGGACAUACAGCUGCGGUAUGCCAUAGUUUCUGCUUCUGCGGCGGCGGGUGGCGGCGGAGGCGGAGACAUGGUGCAGUGCGGGGUGGUGGUGACCUGCGGGGGCACGGAAAUGGGGCAAGUGCGCGUGAAGGAGGUGAGCAUGCAGAUAGAGGAUAUAGAGGGAAAGAGUCUGACAGGGAUGGACAGUUUGGUAAUUUUGGAGGGCGCCAUGGAUGGGCCGAGGUCGAGAAACGACAGCAAAGUAGAGAGAGAAACGUACGAGAUGUUCUUGAGGACGAAGGCGUGUUGUAGAGAGAGAAAGCAGAGGAGAGAGAAGGGUCUUGACAUGGUGUGUAUGACCACCGGAGUUUCCAUUUUCAUUGCAGUUAUUUUGAUGUUUUUCUUGUCUAGGUAA